UUGAUAAUCCGAUCCAGAGCACCUUGCGAAAGAUUACUAGCACCUACUGGUAAGUGGUAACUGUUGCCCGUGUAAACGACCAUGCCUUGCCACCUACUGGCAUGUACUGGCAUACAUUAUGUGUUGCCCAUGUAGCAUGCCUUGUGGCAUGCGGCCUGCGAAUGGCUAACUGAAUGGCGACCAGUUUGGCCGUAGCCGUGAUCGCCUAUAUAAAUAAAUUGGCUGCCUCACCUGGUCCACUCACAGUCUCACUUUCAAUCACACAUCAUGUACUUCAAGGUGGUAGUUUGCGUUUUGGCCGUGCUCAGCGGCACCCAGGCCGGAGGCCCAGCUGCCUACAGCACCUACAGCACCGCCCUCGGCUAUGACGGAUACGUCGGCUCCUCCCACGAGCAGACCCUCAAGGGCUACGCCGGAGACUCCCUGUCACAGUUCUCCAAGACUGUCAGCUCUCCCCACUCCUACAGCUCCAAGUCAGUGAGCACCUCCACCAGCGGAGGCUACGGAUACGCCGCCCCCGCCUACGGAUACGCCGCUCCCGCUUACGGAUACGCCGCCCCCGCCGUCAAGGCCUACGCUCCAUCCUACUACGGAGCCACCUACGCCGCCCCCGCUCCAGUCGUCAAGGCUGUUGCCCCCGCCGUAGCUGCCUACCCCUCAGUGGCUACCUCUUACGCCGCCCCCGCUGUCACCUCUUACGCGUACGCCGCACCCUCCACUUACGCCGCCCCAGUCGUUAAGGCCGCUCCCCUAGUCACCCCUGCCUACUCCACCUACGCUGCCGCUCCCGUCGUCAAGACUGUUGCCCCAGCUUACGCUCCAGCUUACGCCGCACACAGCUACGGAUCGGCCUACUCUUACGCCGCCCCCGCUGCAUACGCUGCCCCCGUUGUCAAGGCUGUCGCUCCCGCUUACGCUGCCGCCCCAGCUGUUGCUUCCUACGCCACCCCUUACGCUUCAGCUUACUACGGUAAGGCAUACGCCGCCCCAGCUGUCUCCUACGCCGCCCCCGUUGUGAAGACUGUUGCCCCAGCUGUCUCCUACGCCGCUCCCGCAUACGCCGCACACACCUACGCCGCACCCGCUGUCGUUAAGACCGUUGCCCCCGCUGUCUCCUACGCCGCCCCCGCAUACGCCGCACACACCUACGCCGCCCCCGCUGUCGUUAAGACCGUUGCCCCCGCUGUCUCCUACGCCGCCCCCGCAUACGCCGCACACACCUACGCCGCACCCGCUGUCGUUAAGACCGUUGCCCCCGCUGUCUCGUACGCCGCCCCCGCUGCAUACGCCGCACACGCAUACGCCGCCCCCGCUGCAUACGCCGCUCACUCGUACGCCGCCCCCACUGUCACCUACACAUCUGGACCAGCCAGCUACCAUUAUUAGACUGACACCCUAGUACAUGAUGCUCCUCACUUCUCAAAACUUCUUAUUUAUAAUAAUAAGCUUUUGUAAAAACAUUCAAUAAAAAAUCAUAAAACUCGAAUCGUA